AUGGACGAGAAAAAACUUCUGAACGUCGUGUCCUCUGUGGCUUCGAUCAAAGAAGAGAUCGGAGACCAAAUUGAUGGCGUGGUUGCCUUAGACUUAUUCGAACAUGGCCAAGAGAUUUCCGAAGAAGAAUAUCAGGCUGAGGUUAAACGCAUUCGCUUGAAACUUGAUAUGCGUCUUAUGCCUAUCAUGUGUGUUACUUAUCUCUUGCAGUUUUUGGACAAGUUGAGUUUAAAUUAUGCUUCGGCAUAUUCUUUUAGAGAGGAUUUAGGUCUCUAUGGCCAGAGAUACUCUUGGGUGGCCGCUAUAUUCAACUUUGGCUAUUUGUUCUGGGCUUAUCCAUCCAAUUACAUUAUCCAAAAGGUCCCAAUUGCAAAAUGGACAGGAUGUACCCUCAUCAUUUGGGCAGUUAUCUUGAUCGCUCACAUAGGAGCAACCAACUACGGAGGAAUAUUGGUCCUUCGAUUCAUUCUAGGUAUGUUUGAGGCUGGUAUCUCUCCCACAUGUAUGAUGAUUUGUGGAAUGUUCUAUACCAGAGAAGAACAACCUUUCCGUAUGUGUACGUUCUUGAGUUUCAAUGGAAUAGCCACUGUUGUGGGGGCUUUACUUGGAUUUGGUUUGGGGCAUGCUCACAGCACUGCUUUAGCCUCAUGGAAAUUGAUUUUUUUGGUCAUUGGACUUCUCAACUUCGUGUGGGCGAUUUUCUUUUUACUUUUGACACCCGAUUCCCCUGCAACAGCUAAGUUCUUGACCGAGCGUGAGAGGGCCAUUUUGGUGAAGCAUGUGUCCCAAAACAAUCAAGGUGUCAAGGACCAAAGGUUUUUGUGGCCACAAGUAAGAGAAGCUGUCAUGGAUGUUUCUAUCUACAUUUUUGGCCUUAUUGGGUUGGGCACUGGAAUAAUUAAUGGAGGCGUCUCGAACUUCCAGUCGCUGUUGAUCAAGGGCUUUGGGUUCACGGGUUUAGCUGCCACAGCUUUGCAAAUGCCUACGGGUGCCAUUGAGUUUAUUGUGGUAUUCACAUGUGGAAUUAUUGCCAUUACCGUCCCUAACACAAGAUGUAUCAUAUUUUGUGGUCUUUGUGUACCAGGAUUGGCUGGACUUAUAGGGAUUCAUUUGAUAAAGGACAAUCGUUGGGCCCUGGUUGGAUGCACCUGGCUCCAGUACAUUAUCGGCGGGCCGGUUAUUUUGUGCUGGAUUUUCAUGACUGCUAAUAUCGGAGGAAGUACCAAAAAAACAGUAACAAAUGGAUUUUGGUUUGUUUUAUAUGCGACAGGCAAUAUUAUCGGCGCCAAUAUUUUUUAUGCUCGCGAGGCUCCCAAGUACAAGAGUGCCAUGACAGCUUUGAUAACCUGCUACUCGACGAUGAUUGCUCUUGGAAUAGCAUACUAUUUCCUUUUACGCUACAGAAAUGAUAAAAGAGAUAGAGAACAGGGUGAACUAACAGAUGAACAGAAACAAGAGGCAAUCGUUAACGGGUUCAAAGGUAUGACUGACUUUGAGAAUAAAGGCUUCCGUUACUCGCUUUGA